AUGGCACCCUCUAAGCGACGCAAGACUAAGGCCAACAAGCCAGCGACUAAACAACCACGGCGUAGCAAGGCGCGCGGUACCACUUUGGAAGGCAUCGUUGACAUGCCACUGGACAUAUUACAGGAGAUUUUUGCAUAUCUUGGCCCGGAUGAUUUGCUUUAUUUGUCACGAACGAGCAAGGCGUUAAGGACAUUUCUUAUGAAUCGCGCUUCUGCGUUCCUGUGGCGAAUGGCCUUCAAAAAUGUUGACGGGCUACCAGAACGUCCUGAAUUCCUCAACGAGCCAGCAUAUGCUAACGUCUUAUACUCCAAGCACUGUCACCGUCAGAGUGCGCAUGUCAUACGUCGGGGCUGUCUAGCCACUGAUGCUGGUGAACCUGCAGGUUUAUAUCCCAAGGGAGUGUUCGAAGACCGCCUUCCGGUCAAGGAAUGGCAUUUUUAUAAACCUCAGCUGUCCGAAGUCAUGGAAACCUGGGCACAGCUUUCUCGUGAUUCUGAUGCACAAGAGCAAUUUCUCAAAGCGCAGAGACAAAAGAUACAAGACAUCAAGAAGCACGCCAACGGGUUUCGUAACUGGGAGGCGAGAAUACUUCAGGCCAGAUUAGACGAGGAGAGAAGAAUCCUGGAUCAACGACUAUACGAUAUAAUUAGCAGACUUCGUCAGGACGGAUGGGGUGAUGAACUCGACAAGAUCUCGGAGAUGAGGUUCCAACCCCUAGCUAACCACCGACAUUUUAAAAAGACUCACGAACUCACUGACCGCGAGUGGGGCAGAAUCAAGUGGGGCCUGGUCGGUGAGUUGAUGCUCAUCAGGGAUAAGCGUCUUGCGAGAGAGCGGGCGGCGGCAUUCAAGGCACGCUUCACCAUUUUAGCUUCCAUCACGUCUGGACUCCAGGCGACACGCAGGACGCGCGAGGCCGAGUUUCGGCCGCAAUUCAUUGACCUUGCCGUUAUGCCUGAGGUGCAGGACAUCAUGUCUGCAUCUGACGGAGAUGAGAUUGAUGCUGAAGGCGAGAAAGCUUUCCGCGCUGCAUUUCCUACCCUUGUGGAACGCUGGAAGGCCGAUGCAGACCAGGCUCUGAGGUCCAUCCUAGAGCCAGCAAUCAAGCCCCGACGAGGUACAGAUGUAUUCAAGCUAGCAAUUGCGUACUUCGAGUGCGACGCCUGUGGCCAUCUAAUGCCAUACCCUGACGUGCUAGCCCAUUCGUGUUGUCGCGCGUCAAAAGCGAAGAUGCCCGCAUGGACUGAAUACCAUACCUUAGUCUGUGGGACCGCGCAUCGCCGACCAUGGGACACACAACACCUGCAUGCCCCGUCGGAAAAUGCUAUGGUAUUAUUGCGGAAGGUCAUCAAGCUGUGCGGCCAAGAUCCUGAUCGGGCGACUCGACCCAUCAUGGACGAUUCAAACGUCCGAAUUUGUCGCAAGUCAGUUCUUGGCAAGAGAAUUGUAACAUGGGACCGGGCUGUAGGUUGUUCUUCGCUCGUGCGGAUACGAGAGGAAUGGACAUGCCGCCGCAAACGCGGGACCCACCGAGGGGCGGACCCUUUGUCAAUUGCCACUGAGGCUGACAUGAUCAAUGCUAGGGUGCAAAACGACGAUACUGACCCAUAUGUCAGCAUCUGCAACGAGAGUAAGACACUUUUCUCUCUCGAAGCUGGUUGCUGA